AUGGAAAUUGACACAGCACUGAGUGAUCUGGAAGCAGCUGAUUUUGCAGAGCUGUCUGAAGAUUUUUACGACAUGAGAAGAUUAUAUAUGAUCAUGGGCUCUUGUCUCUUCUACAAGGGUUACUUGAUUGGUAAUCACUUGCCAAAGGAAGAUCUUAUUGAUAUAGGUUUAUAUUGUCGGCACUAUUGUCUGUUACCCUUGGCAGCAGAGCAGAGGAUUGGUCAGUUAGUGAUAUGGAGGGAAGUAUUUCCACAUCACCAUAUCCAACCAUACGAAGUUUCAAGUUUUACAGGAUACAGGGAACCUGAAGCAAGAUACUUUUUACUGAUAGUUGGCUUGAGACACUUUAUGCUGUGUGUCCUGCUAGAGGCAGGAGGCUGUGCAUCAAAAGCUAUUGGGAAUCCCGGACCAGACUGUAUAUACGUAGAUCAGGUCAAAGCCACUAUACUUCAACUGGAAGGAAUAGAGGCCAGCGUAGAGGAAAGGCUGGAUUCUCCUUCCAUCCCACCGUUAUCUUGUGCUGACUGGUUCCUUCCUGCAACACGCGACAAACUGGAGAGCUUAACCACCUCACCCAUCCGAAGUAAGCUACAAAAUACUUCCAAAUCAGUAACCACUCCAGCAAGCAAAAGGACCCUGUUUGGUGACUCUUCCUUAAUGACACGUAAGCCAAGUCCUACAAGAAACAGUGGAGGACCUGACUACGGUAAUGAAGGUCCUGCAGAAGAUGAAAGCAGUAAUCCACAAUCUGUAGUGGAUCAGGUCACUAGAAAAAAACAUACCCUACCAAAUCCAUUUCAUUUAGGAACUCUCAAAAAGAACCUUUCAGAGAAAGAUACAGAACUUCUUAAUGCUAUCAAGUUGACAUCUGGUCCUGAGAAUACCCUCUUCCACUACCUAUCUUUGGAAACGAUGCAUGGAAUCUUUAUUACUCCAACUCACAAAGAAGUAGCACAGCUCGGUGGGUCCAUCCACCCUCAGUUAAUUGAGAAUUUUCAUCGUUGCUGUCUUUCCAUUCGUUCCGUUUUCCAGCAGUCCAUGAUGAAAGAAAAAAAGAAAAAAGCAGGCAGUGGGAUUUCAGAAUUUUGUAAGGCAGAUGAAGACCUCGAUAUAGUAAGAGAACAUGGAGUCUUGUUUGAGUGCUCUCCUGGUAACUGGACUGAUCAGAAGAAGCCACCACCAACAAUGAGUUACUGGGUUGUGGGGAGACUCAUCCUACAUCCAAAACCUCAGGAGUGUUAUGUCUGUUUUCAUGACUCAGUCACAGACGCUGCUGUUGAACUGGCCUUUAAACUUUCCUUCGGCUUAGCCACAUAG